GGACCGAUUUACAUGGUUUACAAACAUUAUCCAGCUCAAAAAUUUAUAUUUAAUAUGUAAUGGGACGCAGUAUGUGUCAUGGUUUAUUACUAAUCCAGUGCAUUAUGUGAGUAGGCUAAUAUGAUUUUCUAGAAAGCGUGCAACUCUGUUUCCAUUUAACGUUUUGAUGUUAGUAGAAAUAUCGUUUCUUUACAAAGCCGAACUGUAAAGUACCACGGCACUGAAUAAUAAUGAUUCAUUGCGAUCAACCUCCAGUCUGUUCACAUUGCGAAGCAGACUGAAUUAAAGUAAUUCAGUGUAAAUAGUUGGAUUUCGUAGAUCUGGCGCCCGUCCCACAACAGUCCACCGAUGCAUUAUUCCCAUCAUCCCAUAAGAGGAUCUCUGCAGCAUUAUUAAAGAGGAUGACAUGAGUGAUCCAGAAACAUCUGGAAUGAAUCAUGAAGAUGCUGAGGAACAAACAGAGUUCGAGGCCUAAUAAAAGUGGUCCGGCUGACGUGGAUCCUCCUUCAGUCCUGCCGUGAUCCGGAAGUGCCACCCGCUCCUCACUGGACGAGUUCUCGCACAUGGGACCGUGUUGCCUCUUCUAAUUGGCUGCCGCUCUCCGGCCCGUGCUGCUCAUGAGGUAACACCGGCUGUGGUUGUUGAUGCCCGUGGCUGGGCCGUGAUGGGUCAGAGGGUGUCGGGUGUGGUGAAAUCCGCUGAUGAGCCGGAGACGAGCGAGCUGGCGUAUCCGCCAGUGUGCGCGUCGCUCCGUAGUCGCGGCGUCCCGUUACCCGCCCGCCUGGAGCUGCUGUUGGACAUGCCGCCGGCGGGACCGGAGAACCAGCUACAGCACGCCUGGAACCCAGACGACCGCUCGCUCAACCUCUUCAUCAAAGACGACGACCGGCUCACGUUCCAUCGCCACCCGGUGGCCCAAAGCACGGACUGCGUGCGGGGAAAAGCUGGGUUUACCCGCGGUUUGCACGCUUGGACUUUGCGCUGGCCCGUACGGCAACGCGGCACUCACGCUGUGGUCGGAGUCGCGACUUCUUUGGCUCCCUUGCGAGCCGUCGGAUAUUCUGCGCUAGUCGGUAGCGACGCCGAAUCCUGGGGUUGGGACUUGGGACGAGGUCGACUUUACCACGACAGAAAGAGCCGGACUGGUCCUGCGCCGUCGUACCCGGAGUUUAUCGAGGACGAGGAGGAUGAAGGGACGUUCUCUGUGCCUGAAGAGAUUCUGGUGGUUCUGGACAUGGACGAGGGAACGCUGGGAUUCUGCGCUGAUGGGAACUACCUGGGUGUAGCAUUUCGUGGGCUGAAAGGAAAAAGGCUGUACCCGAUCGUCAGCGCCGUGUGGGGUCACUGCGAGGUCACCAUGACGUACGUCAACGGAUUAGACCCUGAACCUCUGCCCCUGAUGGAGCUGUGCAGGAGGGCGGCACGACAGGCUCUGGGACGCCACCGAAUCCAUCACAUCCAGUCCCUGCCACUGCCACAGACGCUCAAGAACUACCUGCAGUACCAAUGAGACACACACACACACACACACACAGCCAAAAAGUCUCCUGCGCUCAGAAAUGACCUGCAGGGCUGUAGAAGCUUUGUGCUGUGCACAGACUUUAAUAAAGUUGUCGUAGGGAUGGACAGAUCUGACCAGCCGGACAAGUAUCUGGUUUUCUAAAUGAUUUUGAGGUGACUAAUGAGAAGGUGUUUGUAUUUGUGUGUGAGAAUGACUCGAGUUCAUGUCUUCCAUGCAAAUCAUUUUCUUAAGAGUUGAUGAUUUUUGCUUUUUCUUUCACUUUUAUCUAAACACUAAGGACCUAGUUUUCUGGACAUGAAUCUAACGUAAUUAUAUUAGACCGAUGCAUUUUAUUCCAGAAAACGGCUCCUUAUUCUUUUCACCAGUCUUAACUAAUACACAUCCGCAGUGCCUGAGAUCUUUUUUUAAAAUCCUUUUCCGUUCGUGUUUGUUAUGAGUUUAUUCGGUUUGUGAUCAUGACGAAGCUGAUUAAAUCGGUUUUCGGGUGUUUUUAGCGUAUAAACGCCACUUUGAAACGUUCCUCGGCGUCUGUGAAGCAGAUUUUUACAGAUCUGAUUUUUAUAUGAAACGAACACUCGUCUUUUUCACGGAUCAGACGGAAACCCGCAAGACGGCAGACACGACUUUGUUCUUUUGUGACCUUUGAAAUGUGAAUAAAAAUAAAACUCCAAAGCCAAA